CAUGCGUCAAUGCGUCUGAAGGCCCGCGAGCAGCUAACGUGCUAAAACAGCAGCGUACUGAACGUUUUCGUUACUUUCGCCAUCAUUAACCUUUUCUUUUACUGAAUUUACUUUCAGUUACACGCGACCCGGUUAAGUGGUCACGUUAAUUUUCAGGAUGUCCUUCCCUCCUCAUUUAAACCGGCCUCUGUUGCCCCCACCUGGGAUUCCUCCUCAGUAUGCUGGGUUCCCCUCAGUUGCAGGAGCUCCAAUGAUCCCGGUUCACAUGGGCAUCAUGGCCCCCGCCCCUGCAGUCAUGGUCCAGUCUCUUCCAGUCGUCAGUAAGCCUCCCGUUCCAAAGAAGGACAUUUCAGCUUUGCGAGCCAAAGAUGACGAGGGCAGUGGGCCCACCACCACUGUGUUUGUUGGGAACAUAUCAGAAAAAGCUUCAGACAUGCUGAUCAGACAGCUGCUGGCGAAAUGUGGUAUUGUUUUGAGCUGGAAGAGAGUUCAAGGAGCCUCUGGCAAGCUUCAAGCUUUUGGUUUUUGUGAAUACAAAGAGCCAGAGUCCACCCUGCGAGCUCUGCGAUUGCUUCACGACUUGCAGAUUGGGGACAAAAACCUGCUAGUGAAGGUGGAUGCAAAGACUAAAUCUCAGCUGGACGAGUGGAAGGCCAAGAAGAGGACUGCUAAUGGGACUAAGAAGGCAGAGGAUGGAGGAGAUGAAGAGGAGGUUCUUGACGAGGAAACGAAGAGAAGAGAUCAGCUGGUCAGAGAGGCCAUUGAUGGAUUGAUGCGGGAAUAUGCUGCAGAACUUAACGCCCCUUCUCAGGACGAGGAGUCUCAGCGACGGAAAAGAAAAAAGGAAAAGAAAGAAGAGGAUGAUAUUAACACCAUUGACAUUGAAGAGGACAAGAGAGACCUGAUUUCCAGAGAGAUUAGUAAAUUUCGGGACACUCACAAGAAACUGGAGGAGGAGAAGGACAAGCGGGAGAAGGAGCGGCAGGAGUUUGAGCGAGAGAGGAGGGAGCGCGAAAAGGAGCGAGAGCGGGAGCGGGAGCGGCGGGACCGCGAGCGGGAGAAGGAGCGAGAGCGGGAGAGGGAGCGAGAGAGGGAACGGGAGCGGGAGAGGGAGAGAGACAAGGACCGGGACCGCAAGACCAGAGAGAGGGAGAGAGAGCGAGAGAGAGACUGGGACAGAGACAGGAGCGCCGACCGCAGCCGGUCAAGAGAGUUGAGUCGUGACAGAGAGCGAGAAAAGAAACGGGACCAGGAAGAUGAGGAGGAGGCUUACGAACGCAGGAAACUGGAGAGGAAACUCCGGGAUAAAGAAGCAGCGUACCAAGAGCGUUUGAAAAACUGGGAGCUGAGGGAGAGGAAGAAGGCCAGAGAUUAUGCCAAAGAGACUGAAAGAGAAGAUGAGCGCAGACGAGAAAUGGUAAAAGAAGGCAAACGGUUAAAGGAGUUUCUUGAAGAUUACGAUGAUGACAGAGAUGACCCCAAGUAUUACAGGGGCAGUGCGCUGCAGAAACGUCUCAGAGACCGAGAGAAGGAGAUGGAGGCAGACGAGCGUGACAGGAAGAGAGAGAAGGAGGAGCUGGAGGAGAUCAGACGGAGGCUGUUAGACGAGGGACACCCAGACCCGGACGCAGAGCUGCGCAGGAUGGAGGAGGAAGAGGAGGAGCGUCUGAGACAGCCCCCCGUCAUCCAAGAACCCGAACCCGAGGAGCAGCGCGACAUCCACCGGAGUUCACGAGACCACCGGGAACGGAAACCGGAACAGGAAACGGUAGAACCCCGGUCGCAGCCCAGCCACUCGGAUGAGGAGGUGGAGGAGGGCGAGGAGGAGGAGGAGGAUUACGACAACGAAGAAGAAAACUCCAACGUGAAACCGCAGUUGAAGCCCACGAUGCGGCCCAUCACAGCCGCGCCCUCCGUGUCCUCGGCGAGCGGCGGCGCGUCUCCCAACACUCCCGGAGACGAGUCACCCUGCGGCAUCAUCAUCCCCCAUGAGAACUCACCUCCAGACGCUCUGCCGCAGGAGGAGCACCGGCCGAAGAUCGGCCUCAGCCUCAAGCUGGGCGCUACAGGAAGCCCCGGCCAACCCCACGCAGGCAAGAGGAAGAAGCUGCCGGUGGACAGCGUCUUCAACAAGUUCGACGACGAAGAGGCUGACGAACAGCCGCGCAAGCGGAAGCUGGUGCCCCUGGAUUACGACGACGAAAAGAGCCUGGGCGUGGACGGCGCCGGGCUCUCCAGCAUAAAGGGGGGCAACUCUGAGGAGAAACACAAACACAUCAAGAGCCUGAUCGAGAAGAUCCCCACAGCAAAGCCUGAGCUGUUCAACUAUCCACUGGACUGGUCCAUGGUGGACACGACGUUGAUGGAGCGGCGAGUUCGGCCCUGGAUCAAUAAAAAAAUCAUAGAGUACAUCGGUGAGGAGGAAGCUACGUUAGUGGACUUUGUGUGCUCAAAGGUGAUGGCUCACAGUAUGCCGCAGAGCAUCUUGGAUGAUGUUGCUAUGGUUCUUGAUGAAGAAGCGGAGGUCUUCAUAGUGAAGAUGUGGCGGUUGCUUAUUUAUGAAACCGAAGCAAAGAAAAUCGGACUGGUAAAAUAAAGUGUAACCACUGGAAGAAGAGGACCCACACCCCGCAUUGUGUACAGUAGUGUAGUGUCAUCCCAAACAGUCUCUGCCGGUUCUGCUCAUUCUCAAUGUUUUUUUAUUUUUUCUUCAACACUCAGGCUGGAUGCACCUUGCAGGUGCUGUUAAUGUUCCUCCUGUGUUCAAAGUGGCUGAUCAGUUUUGAAAGCUGUCACACGUUCGCUGCAGUAACACAACUGAAGACAGGAACUUGUUUGAGGACUUUGACUUCAACUUACAUGAAUGUGGACUUUUUUUAAUGGAGGUUUUUAUGGGUUGAAGCAACUUGAGCCCAUCUCUUCAUCACAUUCCUGACAGAUAAGUUGGGAUGUUCACGAAAACAGCUACAGUAACUUAUCCUGGUCACUAUAGAAAGCUCAGAACAGGGACAGUUAUGUGAACUUGUGAAGACCUCCAUUGUAUUUUUUGUAUUGAACAUUUGAUUAAACCUUCGUUUCUGUUUUUUAAA